UGUAUGCCAAUAUUUUUUCAAAUAUCUUGGCCUCCGUUAUGAGAGAUUAAAAAUUUGUAAAUUUAUGGGAGGAGCCAAAAUGUUGGGAUUUUUUGGGGAGGAGGGCUCAUAGGUCCAUAGGUUAGGCGGGUUAGGAUUAAGUGGAACAGGGUAAGCCGGUAUUAAAGCCAAUAAGCAACGUGAUUAAUUAUCAGUUUAAAUAUAUAUAUUUUUCCCUCCAUCUUUUCCAUAAUUCUAGAAGGCCCAAAGGUUUUGAAAAGCAAGUUCAAUAAAGUUUUAAUAGAGUAGACUAGAGUAGAGAAAACUUUAGAGGAGAGGCGCUGUUUGAAAGUUGCUAUGGUUUGGCCGCUGGGGUGCCGACUGCCGAGCUCUUUGGGUUUUCUGUAGUGACUCUAGUGAGUGAGCAAACCAUAGACUCUAUAACGUGGUUCCGACAAUAGUCAACAUUGAGUCAUUGACUGGAGUGGAUUGUCAUUUGAUAAUUUAAGAUAGUUUUUUAUACACGUUCGUCAAGUUGUUGAUGGGAUUGAAGAUCGUCUGAAUCGUCGAGAAAGUUUCGUUGAAGGAAAAUGCCGCUGUUAUACAGUGUUGUUAGUAGAGGAAACACUGUUUUGGCUAGAUUUGCCAAUAAUUGUACUGGAAACUUUUCUGAGAUCACAGAGCAAGUUCUAGCUCAAAUUGGACUUGAUGAUUCAAAAAUGACCUACUCUCAUGGAUCAUUUUUGUUCCACUAUAUUUUGCAAGACAGAAUAAUUUAUCUUUGCAUCUCAGAUGAUGAAUUUGAACGUUCAAGAGCAUUUUUAUUUUUGAAUGAAGUUAAAAAGAAAUUUGUAAAUACUUUUGGAGCCCAUGCAUACUCUGCUCUACCAUAUGCUAUGAACACGGAGUUUUCGAAAAUUUUGGCAGGUCUAAUGAAACACUUUUCUGAAUCUCGAGAUAUCGAUACCGUUUCUCAAGUUCAAGGAGAAUUGGACGACUUGAAAGAUGUAAUGGUGAAAAAUAUAGAUUCCUUAGCGGCACGUGGCGAAAGAUUAGAAUUACUGGUUAAUAAAACCGAAAGCCUCAGCGCGUCAGCUGUUACUUUCCGGAAAUCAAGUCGAAAUUUGGCUAAUUCCUUGUUCUGGAAAAACAUAAAAAUAACAGCAAUUACUGCUGCCGUGAUUUUGGUUAUUGUGUAUUUUGUCGUUAGCAUAGCAUGUGGAGGAUUGAAUUGGCAUUCAUGCAUUCAAAACAGUUGAUGCACAAAUUCUGCGCGUGAUCUAAUUUUUCUUUCAGUUUUUAAAACAAACAUUCUAUUUCAACCAAAUACGUUUCUGUACAUUCGUAACAUAUAAUGAGUCGGUUUCUUUGUUAUGAUGUUCAACAUUUAUGUGUACUUUUCUAUUCAUCGUUUUUUGUACAGACAAGGUUUCAAAUAUAUUCUUGGCAUAGUU